UAGAGCGUAGACUGUUUCACUUCGUUUAUAACUAUUGUUAAUUCCGUUUCUCCACUCGAAGCAGUCGAAACUCGACGAUCUGCACAAUAGCCGAUUGUACGCGCGCAUAUUUUCAAUCAUUUACUUGUUAUUUGUUAUUAAUACGUUACUUUACAGUACACACUUGUUUCACCCUGAUCACGUUAUUUCUAAAACCUAUUGUUUUUGUAUUAAUUUUUAGUUAUUCGCUAACCACCCCGACCACAAAUAUAUAUAUAUAUAUAUUUUUUAUACAUAAUAUAUAUGUAUAUAUUUGGCGGAACAGUAACACCAUAACUGUUCUGAUUCCUGGUAUAUUAAAAUAUAUACAAUCGUCUAUAAAACACGGUCACGCGUCAAUGGUAAUUUAGUCGCAUGCUUCAAAUAUAUUACAAAAUACAAUAAAAUAGUGGACAAUAUCAGUAAUUCGCGUCCGGAUCACUACGCGUCCGAGAUUCAAAAAUGUUCUACGACUGUGGUUUCUAGCAAAGGUGUCUGGAAAAGACAGUUACUUAGAAGCCUUGAAAUUUCCAAAAAUUAAACCGCAUGGAAACCACGUUUGCAUACAGACCCUUGAAAGAUCACGACCACAAUCACCGCUGCGACGGUGAUCGUCGUCUGGCCGUCAAGAACGCAUCCCCAAGAAGUAGCCGCAUGAGGAGAAUCGGGGCGAGAAAGCGCAGAAGUAAACAACGCGAGUUGACGGAAUGGCGGACAACGUCGACGACGCGGCCGAGCAACAAACGGAAGCCGAGCACAUCGCAUUGAAAAACGCGAACGGUUGCAUCCCAGAAGAAACUAGUGAUCUCUUUAGACGCGUUAAGUAUAAUGUUGGUGAGCAGUCGGACGACAACGAGCGUCGCUACAAACCGUCCGGGUCGCGGAACAGCGGCGACAAUAACAGUAAUAGGAGUAGCAAUUGUAGUAACGAUAAGAGUAAUAAUAAAAUAACCGUAGAAAAUAGGAACCACGUUACGUUCUACAAGAACGACGAACCGACGGACGACGACAGCAGCAGCGGCGGGGGCGGCUGUUCCAAACAUCACCACCGCGUACACGAUUCGUAUGCUUCGUACACGCCGACGACCACCGCCACUGAUUCGGACGAUUCGUCAUCGUCGUCGUCGUCUUCGGACCUGCACAAUCAGGCCCCGGAUGGCGGCUGGGGCUGGGUGGUCGUGUUCGCUUCGUUCAUGGUGAACAUGAUCGCGGACGGCGUGACGUUCUCGUUCGGCGUCAUAUUUAUCGAGUUCGAGAAGUACUUCGAGGAGGGCAAAAGCAAGACGGCCUGGAUCGGGUCCCUGUUCAUGGCCGUGCCCUUGCUGUCCGGGCCCAUAGCCAGCUUCCUGACCGACCGAUACGGAUGCCAGAAGGUGACCGUCAUCGGAGCGAUAAUCGCGUCCACCGGGUUCGUCAUAUCCGCGUUUGCCGACUCAUUGUUCACGCUGUUCAUAACGUUCGGUCUCAUAUCCGGGUUCGGGCUGUCGCUGUGCUACGUGGCGGCCGUCGUCAUUGUCGCGUACUACUUCGACAAGAAACGGUCCAUGGCCACCGGGCUGUCCGUGUGCGGCAGCGGCAUCGGCACGUUCAUCUUCGCGCCGCUCAACCACGAGCUGCUCAGCUACUACGGAUGGCGCGGCUGCACGCUCAUCCUGGCCGGGCUGUUCCUCAACCUUUGCGUGUUUGGCAUGCUGAUGCGCGACCUGCCUUGGACCAAGGAGCGGGCCCAGAACGAGUGGAAGCGCAAGAAGAACGCCCGGCUCCAGAAGCGACGGCUAAAGUCCACCGCCAGCUACGACCGGCAUUCCCAGCACACACAGCUACCGUCGUCCCCGACUUCCGGUGGCGGCGCCGGCAAGGACGAAGCGGCUGUCCUAACUCAUCCCGGUGGUGGUGUCGUGUCGUUCCUCCAGGAACAAGACGGAGGAGGUGAUAUGGCGGCACAAUUGGUCGGCAGGGGCGGCCUGCUCGACUGCGCUGCCAAAGACCAGCGGCUAUGCAAUUCCCUAGUCGACUUGCCCACGUUUGUCAAUAAUCACGAGCACGUCCCGCUGGAGGUGCUCGAGGCACUCACUCAGAAAAAGCAACUCUACUCCGUGCUCGUCCAAAACUACCCGAGUUUGCUAAUACCCUCUAAGAGUUUCAGCGACAGCGGACGCAUCAACGAAUCGGGUAAUAUGUCACCGACACAAGGUUUACACAUCAAUCAAAUUCUUGGUAUUCAAAAGUUAUUAGAUCACCAAGAAAAUAAAACAGAUGCUGCCAGUGGUAAAUGUAAUCAAGUCGGUAUAAUGAAAAUCAAUAAUGGUACUAAUAUUAUUUUAAAAAAUGGCGAUUAUGAUUGGUGGAUAAAAAAAGAUAACCCACAAGUUAAACGUCUUCAAACUGCUUAUCUUCAAGAUAUUAAGAUUCAUAGACAUUCGUUAACAUAUAGAGGCGCAAUGCUCAAUAUAAACAGAUAUAGACUAAGAGCAUCGUCUUGUCCAAAUAUUUACCGCAACUCAAUGACAACAAUCGCUAAAGAAAAACAUGAAUGGUCAGCUGGACUUUGGGAACUAUGGUACCUACUACUUGAUAUGAUGGAUUUUUCUCACUUCAAAAACAUGCCCUUCCUAUUGUUUGCAAUAUCAAAUUUCCUGCUGUAUACAUGGUAUGAUGUACCAUAUGUUUACAUUGCUGACUUGGCUAUAAAGAAAGGACACACCAAUGAAGACGCAUCAUACUUAAUCAGCUUGAUAGGAAUACUAAAUAUGUUUGGAGAGAUAUUGUUAGGGUGGGCUGGUGAUAAAGCUUGGGUUAACGCCAACAUGGUAUAUGCAGUUUCAAUGGUACUCUGUGGUCUAGUCAUUGCAUUAGUUCCAUUGUUUGGAAGUUAUUUAAGUUUGGGUAUUUUAUCUGGGUUUUUUGGCCUAUUUAUUUCCGCAAAUUAUUCAUUCACCUCAAUCAUAUUAGUUGAAAUCAUCUCCUUAGAACGAUUCACCAAUGCUUAUGGUGUUCUGCUAUUGGUACAAGGAAUCGCGAAUUUGAUCGGACCCCCUUUAGCUGGUGGUCUAUUUGAUAUAACAGAAAGUUAUGACUUAUCUUUUUAUCUAGCAGGAUUAUUCAUUGCAUUGUCAGGGUUAUUAUUAUUUGUUCAUCCUAUAAUAAAAAAAAUGGCACGGUAUAGAAGGAAGCAAACACUAUUGAAAAGUCACAAAAACAAGAUAAUAAGCAUAGCCUCAAAUUGCAAAAAAUGUGCAGCAAUUGAAGACAAUGUGAUAUUUACACCUAAAAGACGUGCAAGUUUAGCAACAAGUGUCUGAAUACUGACUAUUACUUAUUAACAAAUUAAAAUCUUUAUAAUGAUGUGUUUAUAUUCCAAUUGGAUUUGACUCCUCAUUUUUUAAAUGUAUGAACAUUUUAUUUUUCAUUACAGUGUCAUACUAAACAUAUUAUAAUUUAUUAUUAGAUACUCCUAUUUUUUCUUUUCAAAUUGUUUAUUCAUACAAAAAAAACAAUUUUAAUUAGUUUUUAUUUGAAACAAAUAUUUUAACAAUGAAAUCUAGUAAAUGGUUUUCAAUUUGCAAUUCUAAAUGUCUAAUAAAAAUUUUAAAUUGACCUUGAUAUAAUAUUUAUUCUAAAGUAUACUUCUUAUGAGUAUUAAAUAAUUAAUAUGAAAAGCACAGACGUUUAUAGAUAUAGAAUUAUUAAUUAGUAUUCAAUGUAUAAGUGUCAUUUAAUAAGUAUUUUACUGUUAUAUCAACAGCAUUUUGAUUUUUUAUAACAGUGUAGUUGUGUACUCAUCGAUCAAAAUCUUUGGCCACUACUUUAUUGCUUUUUUAUAGACUACUUGCAAAUUUAUUAUCAGGUAUUAUAAUUUAAUAAUGAAUUUGCUCAGUUAUUAAAACAAUUUUAUUAUUUAUUUCCAGUUAUGCAAUAAUUUUUAUUUGUAAAAUUGAUGCUACUUGUGAUCAUAUUUAUUUAUUAUGAUAUUCCAAUACAUAAAUGUAUACUUACAUUCAUAUAAUAUUAUUAUGUUUGUCAAUAUAUAAAAAAAAAACAUACAUAUAUUUGAAAUUCCUAAAUACAAUUUUCACAUAAUUUGCAAUUGCAGUUUUUCUUAAUAUUACAAGUACAGUAAAAAUACAAGGAGUGUAUGAGUUAUACUACAAAAUUAUUUUUUGAAGACUGCUAUUUAGAUUUAUGAUUGUGAUUUUAAUGGCAUUAAGCAUUUUUUUUUUAGAUGCAAACUAAAAUAAAUUACAUUUUUUUAUAAUUAGUUCAAUUGAAUAUAAUUGUUCACUCAAAACUGUGACUGAUAUAGUUCUUUUUUAUUUAUUAUUAUACAACUAUUAUUUGUUUACAAAUUGUUAAUCAUUUUGUUUAUGUUAAAAUUCUUUAACUAUGUUUCUAAUUGAAUUACAUUUUAUUAUUUACA